UGAGCUCAGACUGGAAACGUGUUUUUUUUUCUCUGUCGCGUUAAAUAGUGCCACGUUCGUAAGGAAAAACGCUUACGAACAGGAAAUUGUCAUGCUAACAUACUUGUGGGGACCAACAGUUACUAACGAGGACAAAGUGUCUGUCCUCACGAGUUUGAAGCUAUUUUGAGGCUGAAAAUGUGGUUUUAGUGUCAGGAUUACAGUUAGCAUUAUGUCAAUGAGAUGUUCUCACUAAGAUAUGAAAACGAGUGGUCGCGCGUGGGUUGCUGUGACCUCUGACCCUUAAAGGAGCGGGAACAUUAGCUGGUGUUUUCCUGCUGACCUUACAGGCUGUAACUCUGACCUCUGUGAACUCAAACUAGGAUCACAGAGAGAUGUGUCUGCAGUCUGAGUCUGUCGUCUGUGUCAGGUCUCCACACAGCGCACUUUUUGACAGUUUGACGGUUAGCUCUUAGCUCAGUGCAAAACAAGUAGCUUCUCCACACCAGUUUGCACCGGUCAGAUAGACGCACACUGUGCCAUAAACUGUGAGCUGCUAAGAGAGGUCAUCCUCUGUUUACAAGCUGGCUGCAGUUAACUGCUUGCAGGCUGUGGUUUCCCUAACAAAGCUACAAGUUCACUGACUCAUCGGCUGAUUCGCUCCAGAAUAAACGACUUAUGGGUGUGAAAAUGUUUGAGUGUUUAAAAUCACAGUGAACAGCUACAAGUACAACGCUUGAAAUCAACUCCAGAGUUUUUUUCCUGCUUCCUGUAUCAUGACAUACCAGCUCACAGGUGGAGGUGACGUAUCUGAGGAGGAGGAGGAAGGCUGGCAGAGGUCUGGACCACUGAGGGAACAGAGGCAGCAGGAAGGCUUCACUCAGAAAGCUCUAAGGUGGAGGUGACGUGUCUGAGGAGGAGGAGAAGGAGAGGAAGGUUGGCGGAGGUCAAGACCACUGAGGGAUCAGAAACAGCAGGAUGGCUUCACCCAAAAAGGACAAGAUGGGCAAAGAAAUGUUGAAAAAACACAGAUGUCAGCAAUGUGAGAAGGCUUUCCACAACCUGAAGCAACUAAGGAGACAUCAAAGAAGUCACACUGAAGAAAGAUUGUACAGCUGUGAUCAGUGUGAGAAAACAUACAAAACAGUACAGACACUAAAUGUUCAUAAGAAAAUGCACAGUGGAGAGAAACCACAUAUGUGUCAGGAGUGCGGCAGUGAAUUUAUCUCAUUGGGAAACUUAUCGACUCACAUUCAACGGUAUCACACUGGAGAGAGACCGCACCAUUGUCAGCAAUGUGACAAAGGGUUUGUCAACCGAAGCGAAUUGAAGAACCAUCAGGUGGUUCACACAGGAGAAAAGCCCUACAGCUGCGGUGAGUGUGGGAAAAGUUUUUCAUGGGUUUCCAAUCUUGUCCGUCACCAGCACAUCCACACUGGGGUGAAACGGUUCAGCUGUGAGGAGUGUGGAAGGAGUUUCACUCGAUUAGAUUCUUUAAAGGUGCACAAGAACAUCCACACAAAAGAAAUGAUUUUCUCCUGUGAGCAGUGCGGUAAAGAUUUCUCUUCAUCAUCUAACCUUAAGGAUCAUGUUGUUGUGCACACCGGGGAGAAAUCACACAGAUGUGACCAGUGUGGGAAAACAUUCACCACGCUGAAAUCCCUGAGACUCCACACACGUAUUCACACUGGAGAAAAACCAUACAAGUGCAGACACUGUGACAAGACUUUUAUUUCACAGACUAACCGCACAGUACAUGAACGCAUCCACACUGGAAUAAGACCGUACAGCUGCAUUGAGUGUGGGAAAAGUUUUUCAUCGCUUCCCAAUCUUGUCUGUCAUCAGCGCGUCCAUACUGGAGUAAAACCGUUCAGCUGUGAGGAGUGUGGAAAGCAUUUCACUCAAUUAGGUACUUUAAAGAUUCACAGGAACCUCCACACAAAAGAAAUGCUUUUCUCCUGCGAGCAGUGCGGGAAGGUCUUCACUUCUCGUGGCACAUUUGAUUAUCAUAAAAGGAUCCACUGUGGAGUGAAACCCUAAAAGUGCAAACAUUGUGAGAAGUCAUUCUCCACAUUAUUGUCCUGUUCAGCACACGAGCAUGUCCACAGUGCAGAGACAGCCUAGGUGUUUUAUUUCAUUAAAAAAAAAAUUCCUAGCAUUAGCAUGGAUUUAAAAAAAACCAAAAACAUUUUUAUUAAUUUAUAUAUGUGCUUAUUUAAAACAGCCAUUUUAAUUCUUGGUUUCUAUUUUAGUGUGUUGUUUUAUGUAUUUAUUUAUUUUGAUACGAGAUUUUAACCAUUGGAUGCAAUUUUUUUCACUUUAAUAAUUUUAAGAUGUUUUCCAAAACAAAAAAGUACAAAAGCCAAAACAACAUUUUUAACGAUGUCAGAUUCAAAUAAGAGGAAAAGGAAGUGAAUUCUUCCUCAUUCCUAUCUCUGUUUUAUAUAAAGAAACACGUUCUUCCAAUUCAUGUGAUAUAGUUCUAUAAAUAUCGUUAUACAUUGAUCUAUAAUUACUUAACUACAGCUUUCCAAAGGUGCUGUCUUUUAUAUGUCAUACACAGGAUUGUUAAAAAUGGCAGGUUUGUGUGAACUGAAAAAUUUCUUUUAAACUAAGCAGUUUUUGUCUUUCUAAGAAUAUUUUAUAUGUUUAUUACUGAGUUUUGUUGUGGCAAAAACAAAAACAUCAUUUUCUUGAGGUUUUCAUUAUAUGACACUUGAUAUGAACUUUUCUUUGAAACAUGGAUACAAGUUGUUUCAGGCACAUUGUUCAGGCCUACAUCAUUACUGUGUUGCUGUUGCAUUAAUAGAACUUCGUUUUGAGGCAGCUGAAGUUGCAGAUGUUGCAGACUUUGUAAAGUUACUUUGAUUUUAACAAAGUGUUACACAAACUGAGUUGUUUGUUUAAACUGUUUUUGGAGGUCCAAACAUGACCGACCAAAGUGUUUGUUGUUGAUCCAGUAACUGAAAAUGAUUUGUUAUUACGACUCAGAGAGGACCUAACUUCUGCUGUGAGUGACGUCGAAAUACUGACUUAAAGCUUGGAUGUUUGUCAGGGUUUUGUUAACUUAUAGCAAUGUUGAUAAUAACAAUAAUAAUAAUAAUAAUAAUUUUGGACCUUGUGUUUAAGGUUUUGCCUUAUUGGCUGCUGUUCAGUCAUUUCUAACAUGAACUGUUUAUCUGUUUUCAAUGAAUUGCCAAAAUAUAAAUAAACAAAUACAAUUU